AUGGAGAACAAUACAGAGGUGAGAGAAUUCAUCCUGCUAGGACUAACCAAUGCCCCAGAACUGCAGGUCCCCCUCUUUAUAAUGUUCACCCUCAUCUACCUCAACACUGUGAUUGGAAACCUGGGGAUAAUCAUGUUGAUCCUUCUGGACUCUCGUCUCCACACUCCUAUGUACUUUUUCCUCUGUAACCUGUCUCUGGUGGAUUUGUGUUACUCCUCAACAAUAACUCCAAAGGUGAUGGCUGGAUUUCUAACAGGAGACAAAGUCAUCUCCUACAAUGCCUGUGCUACUCAGAUGUUCUUUUUUAUAGUCUUUGCCACUGUGGAAAAUUACCUCUUGGCCUCAAUGGCCUAUGAUCGCUACGCAGCAGUGUGUAAACCCCUACAUUACACCACCACCAUGACAACAGUUGUGUGUGCUUGUAUGGCCACAGGCUGCUAUAUCCUUGGCUUUCUGAAUGCUUCUAUUAAUGUUGGAGACACAUUCUGUCUCUCUUUUUGCUUGUCCAAUGUGAUCCAUCACUUUUUUUGUGAUGUUCCAGCAGUCAUGAUUCUGACUUGCUCUGGUAAACAUAUCGGUGAACUGAUUCUUAUUCUUAUUUCAAGUUUUAAUGUCUUUCUUGCACUUUUUGUUAUCUCGAUUUCUUAUCUCUUUAUAUUUAUUACUAUUUCAAAGAUGCACUCAAGACAGAGAUAUCAGAAGGCUUUGUCUACCUGUGCUUCUCACCUUAUUACAGUUUCCAUAUUUUAUGGGACUGUCAUCUUUAUGUACUUACAGCCAAGUUCUAGUCAUUCCAUGGACACAGGCAGAAUUGCAUCUGUGUUCUAUUCUAUGGUCAUCCCCAUGCUGAACCCUCUGGUCUACAGCCUGAGGAACAAAGAGGUCAAGAGUGCAUUCAAGAAGGUGAUUGAGAAGGCAAAAUUGUCUGCUUCAUAA